GCCAACUAAAAGCGUAAUUCUGUGCGAAAAGUGGAUAAAAGUUAGUGGAUAAACGACUAUGGAGGACGCGGAAACGUUGAACUAUCUGUUCAAGGAACUGCGCUAUUUGCAAGAGAUGGAGAAAACACUGCACUCGAUGAUUGAAAAGAUCAACCAGCAGCUCAAUCAGCGAAUGGUAGAAGAACUGGAUCUUAAAUCCCGCGACGCACAGGUGACGGUGGGGGUCAAUCCGAGCAACGAUCCUGUUGAAGCCGAACCGGCCUGCUCCAGCGAUAUCAACAAACAACAGCUGGAUCUAUCGGUGAACAGUAAAAAGUGCUUCAACCUUCUUUGGGAGGAAGAGGACGACGAGGAAGACUAGCGAAUCGCACGCCAAAAAACACGCUUUGUAA